CGUUUGUUUCCCCGUCAUCGGUUAUCUUCAUCAACUUCCUGUAGCCGAUCCAGAAUGACUUCAUUUUCCCACAUUCCCAAUAUCAAUAAAAAUGUCUGUGAUCAGGACAGGGUUUUGUCUGCUCUUGCCUGUGAUUUUCUUAGUUCAAGAAUCCGCGUGCGAUGUGAAAAAAAAAGUUUUGGACUGUGGGUCUUUCGAAACAUGUGCUGAAUGUUUGCAGAACUUCGGUUGCGUGUGGUGCAUUGAACCUAGCAUUUCCGAAACAGCCCAAAAUUCCGAUGUGAUCCAUUGCUACACGAAAACGGCGAUGAACACCACCAUUUGCAGACCAGAGUUGCUGGUGGAUCCACCUUCUAUCGAAGAAGUCAUUUCCCAGAAGCCCCUGCAGAGUAUACAGGGCGGCCACGUACAAGUGACGCCGCAGAGGGUCAAGUUAUCCAUGAGACUUGGCGAGGAGAGAAAAAUAAAUUUCCAAUACGCCCAAGCCAAAAACUAUCCAAUCGAUCUCUAUUACAUUAUGGACUUGUCGGCCUCUAUGGAAAACCACAGGGAGAAACUUGGCAAACUUGGCAACAAAUUAGCACGUACUAUGAUGAAGAUAACGAAUAAUUUCAGGAUCGGAUUCGGCAGUUUUGUGGAUAAGGUUGCUAUGCCUUUCGUCAGCACUGUGGAGAAAAAACUGAAGUCCCCGUGUACCCUGAAUAAAAAUGGCGAACAUGUCAUUUGCGUGUCGCCGUACAGUUUCAAGAACCAUAUGACUCUGGAUAGUAACCAUACGAAAUUUUCUAUCGAAGUAUCUCAGGCCAAGGUAUCGGGAAAUUUGGACACCCCUGAGGGCGGCUUCGAUGCUAUCAUGCAGGCAAUAGUGUGCAAGAAAGAAAUUGGUUGGAGAGACCAGGCAAGGCAUCUGCUAGUUUUUUCAACAGAUGCAGAUUUCCAUAUAGCUGGCGAUGGAAAACUGGUUGGUGUUAUUGAACCCAACGACGCUAGAUGUCACAUGACAGACGACCAAUACGACGCCUAUCUAACCUACGACUACCCUUCCGUAUCCCACCUCAACUACAUCGCGAAGAAGAACAACAUCAAUUUAAUUUUCGCCAUAGCCAAGUCCAGGAAGAAUGCCUUAUCAUCAUACCUAUCCUUGACCAAGAAUAUCGAGAAUUCUAAUGUUGGUGCCUUGGACGAUAAAUCCGAGAAUGUGAUAGAUUUGGUUUUGGACAAUUAUAAUAAAAUUGUGGAUUCCGUCAUCAUAGACGUCAACUCGACCGACAACAUAGACGUUAAAUUGACUUCCAACUGUUCACAUCCAAAAGAUAGAGGAUGCUCGGACAUACACGUGGGGGAAGUGGUCAAUUUCACUGCCACCAUCAAACCUCUGACUUGCACCGGUUACAAUGGAGAACCCAUAACCAUCGUCCUGAAACCCGAAGGCAUAGACGAAAACGUCACGAUCGAGAUCGACCUAACAUGCGGCUGUGCCUGCGAAAGACCAAGUAGCCCUUAUUUUGUUCGAAAAUCCGAAAAGUGCUCUAGAGCCGGAGACCUGGUUUGUGGGGCUUGUUCAUGUCCGGCAGGGAGGUAUGGUUCUCAGUGCGAAUGCGAUGGAGAAGAUUCGCAUUCCUACAACGAGACCAGCUGCAUCGAGAAACCAGGAGCACUGGCGUGCUCGGGGCUUGGUCGCUGCAAGUGUGGAAAAUGCGAAUGUUACAAGCGUCCGAACGAGAACGAAGAAGUAAGCGGGAAAUUCUGCCAAUGCGACAACUAUUCCUGUGAGCAGGAAGGAGGCCUUCUGUGCGCUGGCCAUGGCGAAUGCUCCUGCGGAAUUUGCCGUUGUAACGCUGGAUGGGGUGGGCCAUCCUGUAAGUGCCUGGAAGGCAACAGCACCUGCAUCCAAGGCGGGAAAACCAAUAGCGGCGUGUGCUCCGGAAAAGGGGUCUGCAGGUGCGGGAAAUGCGAAUGCGAGACUUAUUACACCGGGAAAUAUUGCGAGGAAUGUCCAACUUGUAAGGACAGAUGCGAAGAUAUCAAGGAUUGCGUCGAAUGCAAAGUUUUCAAAAGCGGGCAACUGAAAAGAAUGUGCGACUUGAACUGUACUGAAUACCACAUAGAGGAAGUUGAUGAGCUCACCACAACGGAAUGGGACAGAAGGGAAAAAAUUUGUAGGACGAUAGACGAACAAACCUGUACGAUUAUACAUCGUUACUAUUAUGACGCAGAUCAGAAGAUGAUCAUCGAAGUAUUGAAGAAAAAAUCUUGCCCACCGAAUGCUUUAGUUUGGACUCUUGGGGUAGUCGGAACAAUUGUUCUUGCUGGCUUGAUUAUGUUACUCUCAUGGAAAAUCUUCACUACAAUACAUGACAAGAGGGAAUAUGUAAAAUUCGAGAAUGAAAGAAAGAAGGUGAAAUGGCAUACUAAUGAGAAUCCAUUGUACAAGGACGCCACAACUACAUUCCAAAAUCCUUGUUAUAAGUCAUAAAAGGGGGGCCCAGUGUUUAAAAAUAUGAACUGAGAUUUGUAUUAUAUUGAUUUUUUACUAGGUAUAGAUAUAUUUUUUUAACUUUUUAAUUGUUCAUGUAUACAUUGGAUGAAACAAGUAUGAACAUGUGAACAUUUCUGGAAAUCUCUUACACUUUGAAUGAAAAUGUCUGCUUAUAUUCAUAAUAUGAAUCAGCAAAAACUCAAUAGUUGUUGGUGUAUACAAUUUCCUCUUAAACUGGAGAAUAAAUAAAAGUAUUUAA